UCCGCGUCCAUCCUGCAGUGGGGCGGCGGCGCCGCUUCCGCCUGCCUCGCCGCUGCCGCGCGGCGGGAUUGAGGCCGCGAUGGCAUCCGGAGCCGCAGGGCUGUGAGGCGGUAGAGCGCGAGCCGAUAGGGUGGACAACGCAGCCGAGCAGGGUCGAGAACAGAGCGAGCUGUCGCUAUGGAGCUGAGGGUCGGGAACCGCUACCGCCUGGGCCGCAAGAUCGGGAGUGGCUCCUUCGGGGAUAUUUACCUAGGAACUGAUAUUGCUGCUGGAGAGGAGGUUGCAAUUAAAUUAGAAUGUGUGAAGACCAAACAUCCUCAGCUCCACAUCGAGAGUAAAAUCUACAAAAUGAUGCAGGGUGGAGUGGGUAUUCCCACAAUUAAGUGGUGUGGAGCUGAAGGGGAUUAUAACGUAAUGGUGAUGGAGUUGUUGGGACCAAGUCUUGAAGAUCUGUUCAAUUUUUGCUCAAGGAAAUUUAGCCUCAAGACAGUUCUCUUACUUGCUGACCAAAUGAUUAGCCGAAUUGAAUAUAUUCACUCCAAAAACUUCAUCCACCGAGACGUGAAGCCGGAUAACUUCCUAAUGGGCCUCGGAAAGAAGGGCAAUCUUGUCUACAUAAUAGACUUUGGAUUAGCAAAGAAAUAUCGAGAUGCUCGAACUCAUCAACAUAUCCCAUAUCGUGAAAAUAAAAACUUAACCGGAACUGCCCGUUAUGCAUCCAUCAAUACUCAUCUUGGUAUUGAACAAUCUCGCAGAGAUGACUUGGAGUCCUUGGGCUAUGUACUGAUGUAUUUUAACCUGGGCUCCCUCCCCUGGCAGGGACUGAAGGCAGCAACAAAGAGGCAGAAAUAUGAACGUAUCAGUGAAAAGAAAAUGUCUACACCCAUUGAGGUUUUGUGUAAAGGAUAUCCUUCUGAAUUUGCUACAUACUUGAAUUUCUGCCGUUCUUUGCGUUUUGACGACAAACCAGACUAUUCCUAUCUAAGGCAGUUAUUCAGAAACCUUUUCCACCGACAAGGAUUCUCCUAUGACUAUGUGUUUGACUGGAACAUGCUCAAAUUUGGUGCAAGCAGAGCUGCUGAAGAUGCUGAACGUGAAAGGAGAGAACGAGAGGAAAGAUUAAGACAUUCACGAAAUCCCGCUGUCCGCGGCUUACCCUCCACUGCCUCUGGCAGGCUGAGGGGAACACAAGAUGUAGCUCCUCCUACCCCUCUUACUCCAACUUCACAUGCUGCCAACACUUCUCCUCGGCCAGUGUCGGGUAUAGAACGAGAAAGGAAAGUGAGUAUGCGAUUGCAUCGUGGUGCUCCAGUCAAUAUCUCAUCAUCUGACUUAACAGGCCGACAAGAUACCUCUCGCAUGUCAACCUCACAGAUUCCUGCUCGGGUAACUACCAGUGUUCUCCAGUCUGCUGUGCACCGAUGAAAAUUGUUUUACCGUGGAGGGCAGAUAAUGCAUGGCUGAUCUCCUAUGUUGCCAAUGGCUUUACUAGCAAAAAUACCCUAAAUUAGAGUGGAAACAUUACAACAGGAGUUCUCCAUGUGACUUAAAAGGCACUUGGAGGAACGUGAACAUACUCCAGCAGCUGCCAUUACAGGACGCUUUUGCCAGAAACCCAGUGACCUUAAGAGAACUCCGUAGUAACAGGGCUGGAAAAGAAAGAUGGUUUACAGAGAUGACUGCCUGUUAUUGGAUGGCCAUUUUAAUUCUCCCUCCACAGGCAGCAGACUUUACCCCUUUUUAGUAUUCUACUGUAACUGUAAAUCUUUUACUUGGUUUCAGAAAAUUUUUGUAUCAUUUUGCUAAAGUUAUUGGCUUAAUUAUCUGUAAAGAACUCUAUCUUCCUUUUGUCUGAUUUAAAAAUGUAGAAUAUAAACAAUCCUAAAGACAAUGACUUGAAAUUUCUUGUUUAAAAUAUAGUCUGGCGGGGAACAUGCAAAUGAAUCCAAACCAUCUGACUCCAUUCAAACUGUUUACUUUCUUGUAUGAUCCCAUUCUGAAUGAGAAGGUUUCCUCAUGAAAAUUUUAAAACUUAGAAUUACAUUUUGUUGCUUGCUGCCUUCAUUCACAUUUGCAUUUAACUUUCCUUGUAACACAAAGGAAUUUUUAAUACUCAUUCUUCUGCAUAACAGAAGAAGAUGAAAGAUCCUGCAGGAAAGUCUAAGUAUAGUAGAGAUGUUAAUAAUGGAUUUCUUGUUUGUAAAGGUUGUGAAGAACAAACUGAAAGACUGGGAUUUGAGGG